GGAGGAUGUGACGUCCAGUUUGGAGGGGAGCUUGUACGAUAUCCCGUAAACGCUGCUCAUUAACGCCGAUGUUUGGUGGGGAUUAUUGCAAGCAGCAGGAUGGCUGAGUGAGUGCGUGCAGUUCGCUAAAGUGAACAGAACACGGAAGGGCAACAUUUAAGAGUCACACCACGGGGCUUAAACCGGCCUACAAUGGAUAUAACUUUUGUAUUAUUUGCUAUUAUUUCUACGCUUCUCGCCAUUGUGGUCGCAACAUCGCUUUUUAACGGCUCUUCGCCUGCAGCAGACUUUGCAAACGCACGGAGUUAUUUCGGACACAGAGGAGGUGGUGUGGCCGGAGGAUUAGAUCAAUCCGGGCCCAAGCAGAAUGGCCAUGUACCCGAUAAGAAGAAGCAGAAGAAGAAGGAGGAGGAGGACUGGUGUGAAAUCAGCGGGAGCUCACACGAUCACUGGGAUGUAGUGAAAUCUGUGCUUUCUGAGGAAGCACACUCCCACCCUCACAGUGAAGAACUGGAAACACCAGCUGACCGCUCCAGGCCUGGAUCUAGGAAUACAAGCUUAGAGGUAGACUCAUCAUCCGAGGCCUCGUCAGGGAGAAGCCGCAGGUCGCUCAUCGGGCUUUCUGAUACGGAGCUCCUAAAGUGUGCUUUCUCUUACCCCCAAAAUGAAGGAGCCACAGAGAGGCCGGGGGUCAAUGAAUCAAAUGCAAAUAGUUCCUUGAAGUAUGUCCCAGGAAAGGCGCGAUCUCACCACUUGGAAAAGAUGAUGACCAAAGAAGAGCUGGAGGAGGAGCAGAGGAUACACUUCAACACAGACUUUAACUGUCUGUAAGCCUGAAAAAGGAGCAAACUAGGGUGCAGCGUGAGCAGCUAGCUACAAUUUUCCAGCUACUGAAAGAAAACAAGGAGACAUUUGGGGAGGUGUCAGAGGGAGACAUAGAGGAGCAGCUCCGACUCUACUCCAUCUGAGAUCCUUCUCUGACUCAUCUCCCAGAUACUGACUGCACUCUUUCAUCCAUGAGCACUACUGAAGAUGUGCUCCAAUGAACUUUUUUGCAGUUGUACAGUACACUCCCAGUUUUAUGAUUUAAUAUAUUUUAAUGCUUUAUUUUUGUUGUCCUGACCACAUGUCAUCUGCAUGAAGGGUAAACCAAACUAGACUGGAUCAGUUUGUACGCUGAGCAGGUUAAUAUGUAAUUGAUGCCUAAAAUAAAUUAAGGGAAUGCUGUUUAUUUUAGUGUUCAAAUAUGGCAGGUAUCAGUGAUAUAAAUCCAGAGUUACAUCCGCUUCUAAACUUCCCUUUGUUGUGUAAUAAACCACAUUACUGUGAAGUUCUGCAUGGGUGGCUUUGUGUGUCUGAAUGAGUUUGUUUGCUUAUGUCUCUAUCUGCAAACCAUGCUGUAGUCCAGCCCAGACAUAUCAGUGACAAGGUGUCAGAUACUCUGGGUAGUUUUUCCACCUGUAAAUAAGUCCCAGAAGGGAGCACAUAUAUGUUUUUUGGUGCGUUUAAUUGAACAGCGAAGCCUCCUCUCAACAGCGAUGACAGUCCAAACCUCCAGGAUUUUUUCUUUGCUCCUUGUAGUAUCAGUUAGUUCUGUGAUUUUUAUUCUGUCUCAGGAAGAGUUAUUAAAAAGCUGGACAACUUUCCCAGGAAAAAACGGACUCAGGUGGGAAAGCGUUUCAUUUGACAUUAAAGUCUGGGGGAAGAAAGGAGAAACAUCUGGAGCGCCUUCUGUGUUUACCGAAGCCAGUAAAGCAAAAAUUGUUGAUUCUACCAAAAUAAACCCAGUGACAGAGCCUAAAUCUUCUACACAUGGAGCUGUGACUGAGACUCCGAUGCCUCUCCUCUACAAAACAAAUUUCACAAAGCUUCCUCAGUGGAAUUUUGAUGAUGUUUAUAACCAGGAUGCCCCACCUAGACUGACAACAUGUGCCCAGUCACUGCGAAACUCUCAGGAUGAAAAAUUCAAGAAGGCUUUUCUUCCCAACAUACGUCUGUUUCUGCACAAAGACAACAUCAAUAUGAGCGAGUGGAAUCGACUUUCACAUUUUAACAAUCCUUUUGGGUUUAUGGAGUACAAGUACGACGAUGUGAUGGCUUCAGUGAAGCUGAUUCCAAAGCCAAAAGAGCCACUUCUCCUCCCAAAACCAGCUGGUGAUGGCUGUGUGCACUGUGCUGUAGUGGGUACUGCAGGAAUUCUGAAUGGCUCAAAAAUGGGUGCAGAGAUUGAUGCUCAUGAUUACGUUUUUCGGAUGAACGCUGCUGUCACCGAGGGUUUUGAGGAAGACGUGGGAAACAGAACAUCGGUGUACGUUCACACAGCCCACUCCAUCACGUCAUCUCUUUAUUUUUAUAGGAAAUAUGGAUACAAAUCUGCCCCUUAUAAUGAGGGAAUAAAGUAUGUGAUGAUUCCCGAGGGGAUGAGGGAUUUCCAGUGGCUCGAGGGUCUUCUCAAAGGACAGCAGGUCUCCUCUGGCCAAUUCCAGAAGGAACGGCCAAGGACCUACUAUUCAGGGCAGUACAAUGAGAGCCGCUUCUACGUUCUUCACCAGGACUUUCUCCGAUACGUGAGGAACAGAUUCUUAAAGUCAUCUAAUCUGAAUGCAACAUUCUGGCCGAUUGUCAGACCAACCAACGGGGCGUUCACUCUCUUCCUGGCUUUGCACACCUGCGACACAGUGGACGCAUACGGAUUCAUGACCGACGAGUACAAUAAAUAUUCCAACUACUAUUUUGAGAAGUACGUUAAAAACAAAGUAAUUUUCUAUGUCAACCACGACUACGUUUUGGAGAAGAAUACGUGGAAAAACCUUCACGACAGAAAAAUAAUUAAGCUAUAUCAAAGAACUGAUCCAGCUGCAAACAGGAAGAGAAAAACAGAAGUAACACUUACUCAUCCAUAACAACACAACUGGCAUCAUCGGUAGUUUGCAGACCUCAAAGAAUCAGAUCUGCUCAUCCAGUUUGCACCAGUUGCACCAACUAAAGGGGACCAGAUAUUAUCAAUAAUGCCUCGCUGAACACAUGGCGCGGUUUUCUUUCCUUAUUUAUCAUCCACACGUGAACAUGUUCACCAGAGCAGAAAAAAAAAAGUGUAAGCAGAAAAACACACCGCCACUCGUGUGUGUGUGUGUGUGUGUGUGUGUGUGUGUGUGUGUGUGUGUGUGUGUGUGUGUGUGUGUGUGUGUGUGUGUGAGUGAGUGAGUGAGUGAAAUGAGAGUGAGAAGCCUCAUCACUGCCCCCCCCCAGGAGCUAGAGAACCACAGCCCCCCAAGAACACUGAACAUACCACUUCUACCACUUAUGAACUAUGAAGAGAUGAGACUACUGGGCAUGGUUUUUAUGUUUGUAUAUGUGAUUAAAGAGAUAUUUUUUUAUUCUAAUGUUUUUGGGGCUAUUUAGUGAUUUCCUUUUUUGUUACAAGUUCUUUGUAGGACAAAUAGGAAAAGCAGUCAAGAAGUGGCUCAAACUUAAAUG